AUGAAGUCUCUGAGAUUCAUUAGUGCUGAAGCAUUCGUGUCAAAUGCGGAAUUUGCCAGGAAGAGUCUCGGUGGUGUUGCCCAUAAUCUUUUUCCUCUUCUGUUUAAAGCCAGCUAUUUACUAGAGCGAGGGGAAGUGAUUCACGACUUGGUAGAGAACUGGCCGCUUGUUGACUUGAACAUGGGAAAGCUUCUGGGAACUACUGCGGACUACCAGGAAGACCUGAGCCAUAGAACAUGCUUGGUGUGCUUGGAGAACUGUCUGACAGGGCUGAGAGACUAUGUGCUGAACUGUCCUUCUCCCUAAGUGGUCGACCUGACAGGUAUCAAAGAUGUCGAAGUGCAGUUUUGUGAGUGUAAGAAGACGAUGGGCAGAUGGGCCAGGACACAGCUGCUCUCCAAGCUUUGUUUAGAACUGCUGGUUUACCCACAGCAAACCCAGUGCAACCCAGGUACCUUUGAAAUCAGUGUUGAUGUGCUAAUUGACUUGUUCGUUACGGAGCGGAACUACGAGCUGGUGGCGCAAGCCCUCCUGAAGAAAUGCCACUGCCCGCUGAAGAUCCGCUGCGUGGCGUUCAGAUCCGACAGCCUGGCUUUGCAGAAAUUCUUCUAUAUCAUAAAGCUCACUGACCCUUCCUUGUUGCGCAAGCUGGAAAUAGUCCACAACGUCCGCUUGGAAAUGGAACACUUGGAAAUACUUUUGAACAGCAUCCAUUUCCCUCUCUUGAUGUCCUUGACCUUGCCAGCACGGACAUUUAACGUGCAGAGGUUCACAGCUACAGAUGAACAGAUGCUUGCUGGCAUUGGACGAAAGAUGGGUGAAAUGACGCAGCUGACCGAGCUGAGUGUGUCCUUUUCUAUACUCACAGGAAGAAUACACAAACUGCUCAGCCCACUAAAAACUCCCCUGAAGAUGCUGGAUGUUUCCAACUGCUCCUUGAACCAAGCUGAUAUGGCGUAUUUAGCCAACAGCAUCCAUGCUAAUCACUUGGAAGCCCUGGACUUGAGUGGUCACAAUAUACCUGACCUUUACCCAUCAACAUUCUUUAAGCUUCUCAGCCAUUCCUCUUCAGUGCUCAGGAGUCUUACCCUGGAGGACUGUAACAUCCAAGACACUCAUGUCAACAUGUUGAUUUUAGGUUUAAGCCUGUGCCAGAAACUACAGGAGUUUAAGUUUCUUGGAAACCCCCUGUCAUCUCAAGCACUUAAACACCUUUUCACAUUUCUCUGUGAGUUGCCAAGGCUGAAAAAGGUGGAGUUCCCAGUCCCCAGGGACUGCUACCCAGCUGGCAUCACCUAUCCCAUCGAUGAUGCUAACCUCUGCAGAUUCGAUCACCACAAAUAUGAAAGUGUAGCAGAGGAGCUUAACCUCAUUUUACUCCAAGCAAACAGGGAGGAUGUGAAAGCUUCAACUCCCCUCUUUGGCAGUUACGAUGCAGCUGUUCAGGAGACGAACAAUGAACUGGGCACUUAUUUGAUCAAGUCCUUCAAAGAGACUUUAGAAAAGUUCACUAGUCUUUGA